AUGGUUACGCAAAGUGGUGAGUAUGAAAUUAAGUCUGAUGUAGACUCACAGUACAAAAAAGUCCGAGGCCUCGAUGCAAUUUACACUACGAUCAACGAGCUGCAGACCGGUGACUUCAAGAAAACUGAUUCAAUCGGCACAGCCGUCUCAACAAUUAAGACGCAGCUUGGCACUCUCAGAACUACCCUGAAAAUUGAAAGCGCUGAUAGUAAAGAUGAUGUAAUUGAAAGGUUAACAGAUUUGAAAGAGAAGGGGCUUGGUGGCCAUUGGACUAUUGAUAAUGGAGACUGGAAAACUACCAAGGGUCUAGCAAUAAUCCAGGAGCGACUUAAAACACAGAAUGCUAUAUUACCGGUGCAAACGAAUGACAUCGAUAUGGCUAUAAAAGAAAUCAAAGGUGAACUUGCGCGGAUCGGCAUCAAGCUGAAUAAUGUCCACACUGAUCAUGACAUUCUAGACCAGUUGAAAAAGCUAAAUAAGCAUCUUGGUACAUAUAAGGGUAAAUAUGGAAGAAAUUACACUGUCAACCUUAAAAGCAUCCAGGAGGCAAUUAAGGACCUUCAUGACCAUGAGUUUAACGAAAAACCAAAGGAAAUCCAAACAGCCAACGAAGCAAUCAAAACAGCACUCAAAGCGCAGAUGUGCACGCUGGACACUGACGUCAUCAAGACGCUGGGUGAUUUGAAGGACAAAGGGAUGAGUAACGUGCCAAGUUGGAACAUAAAUAAUAACAAAGCAAAGGGCUUGGAGAAUAUUAAAGAUGGCCUUCACGCUCAACAAAGUGAGUUGACUGGACAACCCAAGAACAUAGAGCAAGGCGUCACCCAAAUCACCGCGGAGCUUGACGAGCUGAGGAGUGAGUUGCAGGGUAAGGAUGCCGGUGAGCCAAAAGAAAGAGGCGUGAUCAAGAAUAUGGAAUUUAUGAUAAAGAAGAGGAAAGGUAAAGGAAAUGGACUUGAUAAAAUCACAAAUGAGAUUGACAGGCUCAACAGGGAGACAGUCCCUGACGUCAACAAGCAUCUGGGGGACCUGUGCGGUGUGAUUUCGGACAAUGCUGCAAAGACAAAUUGGCAACUGGAUUAUUUCAAAGAGGAUAACAUUGAUGAUAAACUGCAAGGCAUAAAGAAAGACAUUCACACCCUCAGCACCGGUGACCUCCAGGAGGCAAUAGAGAUGUGCGACAAGUUCCUCACCGACGCCGAUUACAUAAAAUGGGAGAAAGUAGAAAACAUUGAACGCUUCGUAGACAGUGAGAUUGAAAAGGCAGUCGCGGAGCUCAGCAAGCAGGCGCGGCGUGACUACGUGGAGUCCGCGAAGGACGCGCUGAAACACUUCGCCGCCAAGGCGUCCGGGAGCUGGGGAACUGCCCGGCGAGAUAAACAGGGAUCUCUUCGUGGGCUUCAAGGGGCUCAUGAAAUAUGCGCACGGACACUUUGA